GGUGUCUCUCUCCCUAAUCAAAGCAAGCAAGGGAUCACCAAAGGUAGCUAUAGCAGCUGUUCGCUUCUUCGUCUCCGCGUCCCUCCCACCUCCACCCACCCAGCUCAUCAUGGCCUACCGCCGGAAGCAGCAGGGGCCCGUCGCCUCCGACGAUCGCCGGACUCCCCAGCCCCAGGGUUCGGCUGCUUCGUCUUACAACUACACGUCAAUGGAUAGCAUGCGUGAGCCUAAGGUUGGAUUAUGGGGAGCUUUGGCAAGAAAAGCUAAGGGGAUUCUCGAUGAGGAUGCUGCCGCUCACAAGUUCGAAGACUAUGGGAAAGUUCCAAGUACUACUCGCAAGCCUAACUCAUCGGAUGGAGCUCAGGCCCCUCAAUCUCGUUGGUCGUUCGACAACUAUGGAGGGACAAGGAGCGAACCUCGGAAGAGGUCAGAGGCACUUGCUGCUUCUGUCAACCAGUUUGGUGGAAGAAUCAAAAACGCCUUGGAAGAAGGUCUCAUUAUUGUCGAUAAUAAGACAUCAAACAUCAUCGAGGAAACAAAGAAGAUACAAAUUAGAAGGAAGCCUAACAAUUCCAGUUCACAUAUGCAGAGCCCUGCUGCAGAUGCAUUCACCCCUCCAAGUUUCUCACUGAAUAAAGUUGAGGCAGCCCAGGAGACUCAAUUAAAAGCUUCUCGCGACGUUGCUAACGCGAUGGCUACUAAAGCAAAACUUGUACUUCGUGAACUGAAAACUGUUAAAGCGGACCUAGCCUUUGCGAAGCAGCGCUGCACUCAGCUAGAAGAAGAGAACAAAAUGUUGCGUGAAACUAAGCAGAAAGGGGUCAAAAUUGAAGAGGAUGAUGACCUGAUCCGCAUGCAACUGGAAACGUUACUGGCCGAGAAAUCAAGGCUGGCACAGGAGAACUCCAUGUAUGCCCGUGAAAAUCGCUUCCUGCGUGAAAUAGUAGAUUUUCACCAGUUCGCCGCCCACAAUGUGGUCUCCUUUGGCGAUGGCAAUAUGAAAGACAGCAAGCUAGAAGAAGAUACCAAUCGUGCAUACACUGAAAACAUGUUUCCGGUGGUUGAAGCUUAUUUAGCUCAGGAAGAAGUAUCUCCCGUCCCCUCCAGGCCGGACUCUCCUAUCCUUAGCCCAGGCGAGUCAUCAUCCCCAGCAUCCAUCGUUUCUGUAGACAAUGUUGUUGAUUCGCCGAGGAACGUCUCGAAGCCAAAUGAGUUGGUGUCUGACAAAGAUUGAUGCGUGCCGGCUUCUACUCUGCUUGUUGGGGCUUGCAAUGGGUUUGGUUGUGAGUAGCGUGCAUAAAUUUUUGUCCAUUCUGUUGUCCACAUCCUUUUGCAGUUGUAAUGGUUAUUAGCAGGUUUCUGCUUUUGUGUGAGAUAAAGAGUAUACGGGCUGAUAUUUUUCCUUGUGUUGGUGAAGUUGGCUAGUGUUCAACUGUUCGUAUAUAGGCAAAGUGUGUGCAGUACGGUUUGGUUUUCAUGCUUGUAGGGUUGGUGAAAUGGACGGUACUUUAUACUCUCUGAAGGGUGGGUGUAUACUGUGACUAAUAACAUGGAGAUGAUGGAUCAA